UAUGAAAUGAAAUCUGAAAAGUCAAUUUCUACUCCAUGAUUCGAAAGUGACGCUUCGCAAAAAAUAUACGAAAAAGUUGUGGAAUUUGUGUGCAAAUUAUACGCCGUAUUAGUAGAAAGACAAGUGCUGAGCAUUUUCCGGCAAAGGAAUUGACAUUUGGGCUUCAAGCGGUCAAUUGUCCGGGCAAUUUCACAACAAAAUCGUCGCCCAAGAUUAUGUUUGGUUUUUAAGAAACUUUUGUCAAAUUAAGCGAACCACAAGGAAAGACAUUACAUUUUAACAGCGAGAGAGUAGGGAGAGGCGACGAACACGCUUUUUCGGUUACGGCGCCAAAAAAAUAAACAAAGAAAAAAUAAUAAACAAUAAAAGCGAAUAGUGAAUAAAAAUUAAUUAAAAUGUUUGGUGGAGCAAAACCCACAUUUGGCUCGACGGCACCGACCACAGGUUUUGGCGGUUUUAACAAUACCACGACCUCAUCGCCAUUUGGCCAGUCGGCAUUUGGCAAACCGGCCACAAGUGCCUUUGGAGCAGCCCCCACCUUUGGAUCUCAACAAACGCAGCCAUCUAUGUUUGGCUCCACAGCGGCACAGCCACAAUCGACGGGACUUUUUGGUGGGGCAAGUACUUCGACGGCAUUUGGUGCCACCACAACGACCCAACCAGCUUUUGGUUCUUUUGCCCAACCCCAACAAAAUACCUCCCUCUUUGGUGCAGCUCAACCUCAAGCCAAUUCAACAUCAUUAUUUGGCCAACCUGCAGCUACAUCGGCAUUUGGUGCCGCUGUUAAACCUGGUGGCUUAGGUGGUUUCGGUCAAACGGCAACCCAACCUACCACCUCCCUCUUUGCACAACCUGCUGCCUCCACAAGUGCCAGUGGUUUUGGCACCUUUGGCCAAGCUGCUCCAACUACCACCAGUGUUUUUGGCAGUUCCACCACAUCGGCAUUUGGUCAACCGGCCAAUGCUGCUGCGGCCGCCAAUCCAGGUACAUCCAUUGCCAAAUAUGUGACCACAAUCGGCACAGAUACUCUUAUGAAAGGUGGCCAACCCAACAAUGUCAAUACCAAACAGCACUGCAUUACCGCCAUGAAGGAAUACGAAGGCAAAUCCCUGGAAGAAUUACGUAUGGAAGAUUAUUUGGCCAAUCGUAAAGGUCCUCAGACGGGUACAACUACAGGGUUUGGCUUCGGGGCGGCAGCACAACCGGCAACAGGAACGGGGUUAUUUGGUUCCACCACCCAACCAACCACAGGUCUAUUUGGCCAGCCCGCGGCCGGCGGCACUGAAAACAAAGGUCUGUUUGGAAACACUACAAGUGCCUUUGGUCAACAGCCCAGUACCGGGUUUGGUGCCACAGCCACACAACCAUUUGGCGCCAAGCCAUUUGGUGCAACAGGAACGACAGGAUUUGGUGCCACAGCAACAGACAAUUCAAAUCCUUUCGGAGCCAAACCGGCAUUUGGACAAACAGCGCAACCAUCAAUGUUUGGACAAACUCCUGCAACCAGUACAGCACCGGCUUUUGGGCAAACAACAACAGGAUUUGGUUCAGCCUUUGGACAAAAUACCACACAGCAACAACCAUCAUUGUUUGGACAGCAACAAGCUAAUGAUCCCAAUAAACCCGCUUUUGGCUUGGGUGGAGUGUCAACAGCCAAUACCGGAUUUGGAGGUUUUGGUAAUACGGCCACAAGCACAGCCAGUGGUGGCUUGUUUGGUGCAAAACCCGCAACGGGUUUUGGUGCAGCACCAGCUUUUGGCCAAACAUCUACUGCAUCUACGGGUUUUGGCAAUUUCUCCUUGCAAAACACAAACACCACGGGAGGCGGUCUAUUUGGAAAUACAACUCUCAACAAACCAGCCACAUCUGGGUUUGGAGCUUUUGGCACCCAGACAUCUACAGCAGCGCCGCUUAAUUUCAAUUCUGGCACUGGAGGAACAUCACUUUUUGGCAAUACGGCUGCCAAGCCGGGUGGAAUGUUUGGUACCACACUGGGUGGCACCCAGAAUACUACAGGCGGUGGUUUAUUUGGCACUACGGGCACAUCAGCGUUUGGCACCGGCAAUACCACGUUGGGUGGUGGAUUUGGUACAACACUUGGUGGUGGCCUAAGCACCAUGGGUGGUUUACCUGGCACGCCCCAACAACAGCAACAGGUGCCCAUACAUCAGCAGAUUCUAUCCAAAGUCACCUCACCCUACGGGGAUAAUCCCAUUUUUAAGGAUUUAAAGAGAAACGAAGAAAACGACCCAACCAAGGCAACCAAUCCAGCAGCACAAAAGGCAAUUUUGGAGUGUGGAAAUAUGAGCAGUCAAUUUAAGGUGGCCACAAAGUCUUCACCAAGUGUGGUACGGGUAAAACCAAUUGGUUCAUCGUUGACCAAGAAAUCACUUUUUGAGGGUCUGGAGGAAUUUGAUGCCAGUGUGGAAAGUUUCAGUUUGAAACCCAAUGCCAAACGGUUGAUAUUGAAACCCAAAAAUAAUCAGUCCUUGGGUUCAGCUGGUGGUAGUACACAGACGCCACCUGCCAGCCAUCAAAAUACACCGCAACGCCAAGUUACUGGCAGUGGCAGUGGUCUGGGGCAAGAUCUACGAAAUGAAUCGUUCUCAGGAGAGAUACCAACAGAACCUCCCGCAAAGGAGUCAGCAGUGACAUCUAGUGGAGGAAUCGGACCCGGUGGUAGGGGUACCCCUCUCAGCAGUGGUACUCCAAGUGGAAGCAAUAAUGCCAUCGGUGGUACUGGUAGUGCUUUAGAUUCCAGUCGCCGUGAAUCUUGGUUGCAUCCCAAUAACUUGGAAAAGGUGCGCCAGCAUAAUUUGAAUGCUGGCUUUGAGCCGGUCUCUUCCCAUAACAGCACCUUAACAGAAUUGGUGCCCCGCAAGCCCUUGGAGACAUUCACGGGACGUAUGUCCGUAUCCACGGUGCAAGAAAAUCCAUUCGAAGAUCAGCCAUCGAGAUUGGAGGGCAAUGUUUCGGCCGCUGGCGGUGGUGCAAAUGAAAGUAUUUUAUCUAGUCGCUCCUACAGCGGAGAAGACAAAUCAAUUUUGAUCGAAGAAAACCAGGCGGAUUAUGAAGAACAUCCCACAGGCAUAACACUAAGAAGAGUGGGCUAUUACACCAUACCCUCAUUGGAUGAUUUGAAAUCCUAUUUGGCUGAGGAUGGCUCCUGUGUUGUGCCCAAUUUCACGGUAGGCCGCGAGGGUUAUGGCAAUGUCUACUUUGGCAAAGAAAUGGAUGUGGCCGGCUUAAAUCUGGAUGAAAUUGUUCAUUUUCGCAAUAAGGAAAUCAUUAUAUAUCCCGAUGAUGAUAAUAAACCACCCAUUGGCCAGGGCUUAAAUCGUGAGGCUCAAGUAACGCUGGAUCAAGUGUGGCCAUUGGACAAGAGUAUACAUGAACCCAUCAAGGAUCCCCAACGUUUGGCUGAAAUGGAUUGGGAGGCGAAAUUGAGACGUGUAUGCGAUAAGAAUGAUACACGUUUUAUUGAAUAUCGUCCUGAAACAGGAAGCUGGGUAUUCCGUGUAAAACAUUUCUCCAAAUAUGGGCUAAAUGAUAGCGAUGAAGAGGAGGAGCUGCCAACCGAUCCCAAGAAGGCAAAAAUGGGAACUACAGCCAUGGAUGCAGCCAAACAACAGCCGGGAGCUACGGGGAUGGUGCGUCAGGAUAAAAUGACUUUGGCUGCUUUGAAAAAUGCCCAAAAGAUCUCCGAAGAUGCGGCACGUUCUUUGGAUCCAAAAUCGUUGACAAAUGCUGGAUUCUAUCCCAUGGAUGAAUCGGCGGAAUUUAUGUUGAUGGAUAAGACACAAUAUUUUCAAAACAAUGGCAAUGAUUUUUCCAUGUUUGACCAUCCACCCCAAAACUACAAACAGGGACUAACUAGUCCCACAGCCACUUUGGCCCGCGAUAUGGGUACAGAUGCCCACAAAUUACAAUUGAUGAAGGCCUCAUUUUUCAUUGAGGAUGAUAAUAAAUCUGAAACCUCCGAAUACGGUCUGCAAAGGGACUUUAAUCGCAAUAUGCCAGCUACGGGUGGCCUUUUUGGUCGUCACAUUCAUGAUAUGUACGAUUCCUCGCAGUCAUUGUGGAAAGAUGGCCCAGGUUUGGGUGGCCAUCUGUCGGAGACCUCAAGCCAGGCCGAUUUUGGCAAUGUUUUGGCCUCGCCACCAGCCCCAGCUUCAUCGGCCGGCUCUGUGAUAAGUGUUUUAAAAUCAAAGGAGGCACAUAAGUCAACUGGAGCCGGCGAUUCCGAAUCCAUUGCGGAAAAAGUUGUCACCAAAAUGCCACCAUUUCUUGUCCGACCCAAGGUGGCCAUGGUUAAGAGUUUGGCGGCCCAAGUACCAUUGUCUAAAUCCAUUGCAUAUCCCCUAAGAUUUAAAUGGCCUGCCGAUUUGGGACUCUAUAAUGGCAGGAAAUUUAAAAUGGGCUUUGGCCCACAAAACUCUCUGAUUGUGCCAACCACACGCAACAAUUUGAAUCGUGAAAUUAAAUCCCAAAAUCUGUUGGAGGUUUCCUCUCUGCUCUUCAAGAUUCGUGGCAUAAAUGACUUCUCCAGCACGGUCUUACAGCAAAUUAAAUUGUCCGCCACCCAGUCAUAUGAGAAUUUCAAGGAGAGUAUUGUCGAUCAUUUACAAAUCCAGUUGAGAAAUUCGCAACAACAGGAUGUGGAGGGCAGUGAAUGUCCGUACAUAAAAUCGGAUGGGGGUACUGAUCUAAUUGUCAAACACUUGGAUGAAGCCAUAAAGCUAAUAAAUCUGGGCCCUCAAGAGGAAUACAAUGUGUCGGUGUGGUCAUUGUGUCUAGCCCUCUGGGGUGACCACGAGGCCUUGGAGGGACGUGAUCCCACAUCACAUUUUGUGGUUAUGUAUCGCCGUAAUUUACUCUCUGAAUGGCUGGAAAAUACCCUAACCGAUAAGGAUCUAUUGUCCCGUACCGUUUCGAAGCAUACCUAUUUGGAACAUCUGAUGGACUUGAUAAUGUGCCAUAAGGUCACGGAGGCUUGUGAAUUGGCAUUUUCUUAUGAUGAUGCCAAUAUGUCUUUGUUGUUGGCCCAAUUGUCAUCGGGGCCCACGGUGCGUCAGCUGAUGGAAGAUCAAUUGGCUGCCUGGAAUUCGGAUAAGGCUGAUCAGUUUAUACAAGUUGAACGUUUGAAAAUGUAUAUGCUUGUGGCUGGGGUAUCGCUUAUGUCGUCAUCGCAUGGUGUCAUUAAUACCCUGGAUGGUAUUGAGUGGAUUAAAGUGUUGGCGCUUCAAUUAUGGUAUCUCUCCUCACCUACCUCCUCAAUAACGGAUGCCCUUUUGGCGUAUGAGAAAUCAUUUAAAUCGGAGGAGUUUUUCUGCAUGCCUCCCACACCAGUUUACAUUGACAAUGGUGGCAGUGAACGCCAAAAUAUCUUUGAUUUGCGUUAUCAUUUGCUACAACUGUUUUCCAAACGAAGUCAUCCAAUGGAAAGUUUAUUGAAUCCGGCCACACAUACCGUAGAUCCCAUGGAUUAUCGUCUAAGUUGGCUGUUGCUACAGACCUUGGAGGCAUUGGGCUAUCGUCACUGUUCCGAGUUGAGUGAAUCACAAUUGCAUGUGGGUUUUGCCUCACAAUUGGAAACCAACGAUUUAUGGGAAUGGGCCAUAUUUGUUUUGCUUCACAUUAAGGAUAAAAAUCAACGUGAAUUGGCUGUACAAAAUGUGCUCUAUCGUUAUGUAACGGUGGCCAAGGAUAUUGCCCUUAGCGACAGGGAGAAAUUUGUCAUUAAUAAUUUGGGUGUACCCGAAAAAUGGAUAGACUAUGCCAAGGCCGUUAAGGCGGGAGCUGUGCAAAAUUAUCAUCUGCAGGCUAAAUACCUGUUAAAGGCCAAACAAUGGUCUUUGGCCCAUGAAAUUAUAUUCCAGCAUAUUGCCCCAGAUGCCAUAAUUAAUGAUAAUUUGGAUUAUUUACACAAUUUGUUGAGUCAAUUUGAAUCACCCGAUCUAAACAAGGCCGUCAAGGUACCCAAUUGGUCGAAUCAAGGACAAAUAUUUCUGGAUUUUAUAGACAUCAAUGAAAAGUUCAAGGGUCUGAAAUCGCUGAAAACCGAGGCCGACAUUGAAGCCCGUUGGGAAAAUCUUAAACCCCAAUUGGCUGACUUGUGUUCGCGCAUUAACCUCCUGCCCUGUCCAACGCCCAAACAUCGUUUGUGUCAAAGUGAAAUUGCCCAAAAUUUAGCAUGUCUAGUACGUGGUGUCCUACUCGUUUGUCCCAUACUAAAUCCCUGUCUUAUCAUUAAAAUUGCGUUGGAACGUUUACCUUUGCCCCAGGAAUUUGCCCAGCAGGAGUUGAGAGCAUUGCUCGAUACUUUGGUGGGUGAUCUAUCAAAAGUUCAGGUGGUGCCCAAUGAGGUGUGACCAUGCACCAUGCACAUAGGAUUAUUAUUAAGAAACGUGGAGUAGUAAUUUUAAGUAAUAUUUUUUUAUGUUUUAUUCUUCAGGCAAAAAUUAAAAAAUACAUACAAUAUAUAAGCGUCACUUUAACAAAUUAAAAGUUAUUUAAUACAUUUAUGUUUUUUUUUCUCUCUAUAGAAUAGUUUUUUGCUCCCCAACCAUUUUUUGAUUUUUUUUGUUAUGGCCAAAUUUAAGUUAAAUGGAAAAAAAUAAAUGAAAAUAAAGCGAAAUCAUCAUCGUAUCAUAUUAUAUUAAUUUUAAAAGCACGCAUUUGGUUUGUUUUAGAUCCCAAAAAAGAAAAAAAAUACAUUUAAAUAAAACUUUUGUUAACACCCAAAUAAA